GCGCGGGGAGAGUGUAAAGCGUGUUAUAAUUUAUGACCACCACUGUUAGAGAGAGAAAGUUUCGCCAAUUGGGUUGAGAGAGAGAGUGGGAGAAACAAGAGAGAAGAAAGGCCACUCCCCCUCUUCUUCUAAUUCCCCUCUGUCUCUUUCCCCUUCCGGUCUGAUCGCCAUGAAGAGGCCAUCAAUUGAAGAAACGGACUCCAUUUCCACGGUGAAGAAGCAAAGAAUUUCAUCAGGUGAGGAAGAAGAAGGAGAGCAAAAGGGGAGAUUUUUCCAGGAAGGAGGAGGAGAAGGUGGAGAGGGAAGAUCGAAUGGUGGGUUCAGGCUCGACGAUGACCUGCUAUUCGAGGUGCUGAAGCACGUUGACGCAAGGUCUUUAGCCACCGCAUCCUGCGUGAGCCACCAGUGGCACAGGGCUGCCCAGGACGAGCGCCUCUGGGAGAUUGUCUGCACCCGGCACUGGACCAACAUCGGCUGCGGUAAUCAGCAGCUUCGCUCGGUUGUUCUCGCUCUCGGUGGAUUCCGCCGCCUCCACUCUCUCUGUUUAUUGCCACUCCUCAAACCUCUCUCUUCUUCCUCCGCAUCUUCUUCUCUCUCUCCUUUGCCGCCUUCUCUUAUACAGGCAACGCCACCGACCCAUUGGGGAAAAGAUGAGGUCCAGCUCUCUCUGUCUCUUCUCUCUAUUCGCUAUUUUGAGAAGAUGAAUCCCAGCACGAAUCGGAACAACCAAUCGAAUGCUCCUCCCAAGUCGAUCUGUAAAUUGCUGGAGGAUGCCGGAUCUCAGAUGAAGAACCUACUCUAACUUUUUGGGCUUUUCCCUUUUCUUUCUUGUUAAAUCAGUGAUUUUUAAUUUUCUGUUUUGUUGGUUUUGUUCGACUGAUGAUUUGUUAAUUUGGGCUGCUUUCUUCUUCUUCUUUUGGGCUAUGUUGCAGGGCUGAUUGUCUGAAACUCUUUUGUACCCAUGGAUGAUGGAUCUGUAACUUGUUUUCCUUUUUUUUUUGGAUUUUUUUUCAGUGAUAAUUCCUUCCUUUGGGUUGCGUCUGUUUCUUAUGAGAAUUAUUCUGUAAUAUAUGAACUAUAUUUUUCAUUGCAAAUUUGUAAUUA